AUGAAGAAUAUUAGCAAAAGCACAUUCAGUAGCUACCAUGGACUAUUCAAACUUUUAUAUUUGGCAUUGGUUGCGCUUUCAGCUAGUUCAGAAGUGUUAAUAGUGUAUUCAAAUUCCUCAAAGAGUAUAGUGUCAAGCAUAAUCGAGGAAAUGGAAGCAAACAUUUCUUCACUUGAAAUUUUUUCUUGUGAUUUUUCCUUGCUCAAAGAAGAGAUUGCACUUCACACAAAUUUAUUAGCAAUUUUUGAUAUAACAAGUAACCUGGAUUCCCAAUUUUCGAUUUCCAAAUUAUGCCAAGACAAUUCUCUUAUACAUUUUUUGGUUUCUGACGACCUGCUUUAUCAUAAUAAAUGGACUUUUUCACUUUCUAGUUCAAAAAAUAGCCUAAAUCAAGCUUUUACUACAGCUUUAAAUUACUUUAAUUGAAACGCAGGUACUGCUUUUAGUAACAUUGAAAACUAUCCUACCUCUAAAACUAUAUUAAGUAGCUACUCGGAAAAUAUCAUACUGUUUCCUGUGGGUUCAGAUACCUCAAUUAAAGAUUUGAUUUCAAGAGAAAUUAUGAAAUUCGGCUCAUCGCUAUUUUAUUUGUUUACAGAAAAAAACAAGUCUAUUGAAAUCCAGGAAACACUAUCCUCUUCAAAAAUGCUAAUAAAUGGCACAGGAAUUCUACUGAUCGGUGAAAGCAGUUAUGAGUCAAGCAUUAAUGGAGCAUUAGCUAUUGUUGAAAAAGGUAGAGAAGCAGUGAGCUCAAAUGAAAGCUAUUUAUCUGUUGCGAUCUUAGAAUUAAUUAAUCUUCUAAAGAACUCUUCAAACAUCAAUAAUUGCUUACUUUUGUUAUCCAAGACAUGCCCAGACCAUUACUGCGCUCAUGAUUUUUCGCUUACUCUCAAUCCUUGAUCGAACGCCCCCGUCGUUCGAUCAAAGAUGGGGAUUUAAAAAAUUUUGGAAACAAAUUAUAUAUAUUGUUUUUAUUGUUUAUGCGUACUUUUUAAAUAAGAGGGUUAAGAUAGUAAAUAUUAAAUUAUUAAAAAUGAAAAAUUGUGUUAUUUAAAAAUUUUAGUUACCCCUUCCGCUCUAUCAUAUAUUUCUGCUUCAUAUGAAUUAUUUUUUUUAUUUAUAAUAAUUCUAAACUUUUUAUAUUAUUAAGCUUUUGAGGCCAGGCUGAUGGCUAAAGCACUUGUUAUGAUUAAUUCUGUGCAGAUUAUUACGAAAAGCACGUAAAUUACUCUUAAUUUGCUAAUGCAAACUAUUAAUUUUCAUAAAUUAUAAGAAAUAUUAACUAAUCAAUUGAUUUAUUGUAAAUAAAAAUUUGUAUAUAUGAAAAUCGUUCGAUCAAAAAUGGGGUUAAUUUCCCAAAUUUUAGGAAUUCUUCAAUGGAAUCGCUCGAUCAAGGAUGAGGGGGAGUUAUUAAUAUUCAAAAUAAUCAAAGAAAGCUUGUAGGAACUAUAAAAAAAGAAAAUCUAGUAUUGAACUCUGUCAUAGAAUUCCCUGGAGACUCAUUUGAUGUCCCUACUUCUCAAAAGAAAGUGCUAUAUAUUAGCGCAAAUGACGGGACAACAAAUCCUGGGAUGGCUCCAACCCAAGCGGUUGAGCUUUAUAAAAGAGGACUCACAUUAGCAAUGAAAGAUAUGAAUGAUGGGAUUAAUACCUUGCAAAAUUUCCAGCUUAAACUCAACGAUUUUGACUGUGGUGCAAGCGCUUAUAAUGCAGAUUUCAAUUAUAACUGCAUAUACAAAGACAAAAACAAACUAGGAUUGGCUCGAAUUAUGUCUUUAGCUUCUGUAAUUGCUUAUGGAGAAAUGGCUACAUUAGCGAAAUUAAAUAAUACAAUCCCUUGUGUUGGGUAUCUAAAUAUUGAUCCAGGUCUUUCGAACUCAACAAAAUACCCUUUUUAUACCAGAAUCAUUUUUCCGAGUGAUGCCUUGUACUCACAAGGUCCAUUACUCUUCAAAGUUAUGGGAUGGGCCAAUCUCGCAGUUUUAUACGAAAAUAGCAGCUUAGGAAUCUGAGGAAAUUAUUAUUUCAGCUUAGCAGCUGAAAAACAGAACUUAAAAAUUGUAAACAAUUUAAGAGUAAUUCCGCCAAACCUUACAAGGGAUCAAAUAAGAAGUUACACUAAUGUAGUAAAAGAAAUUGUUGAUUCAAAUGUUAGGAUGGUUGUUUUGAUUUUAAGUCCUCCUUUAAUAGACUAUGCUGCUGAGUUAUUUUAUGAUUUAGGAAUGAGAAAAGGGGAUGUCGUUUUUUUCUCUCCAAAUACUGGCUGGCUUUCUUCUGUUGCGGCUAAAGAUGAUUAUACAUACAAAAGAAUAGAAAUUGGGAUUCCUGUUUUAACACUAUUUCAAUCUGUUUUUGUGGGGGAAAAAGGGAAAAAAGUGUAUGAUAAUUUAUAUGAAAUAUAUGGAAAUACAGAGCCAGCUUCAUAUUCUUGUCUUUAUUAUGAUUCUGCAUAUUUAAUUGGGGCUGCUUUGGAUUGGACUAUUAGCCAAGGAAAAGAUUAUACUGAUCCGUAUAAACUCCAAUCUGCCAUCCGAAGUGUAAAAUUUGCUGGAUGCAGCGGAACAGUUUAUAUUCAAAAAAACAGCAAUAACGUUCAAAUAUCAAGCUUCACAAUCCAGUCAAACUCUUAUACUUAUUUACCAAGAAUUGCCCACUUUGGAGCAUUUUUUUGGUUUGCCGGACAAUAUCUGGCUUGCAAAAUUCGUUGGCAUGCCAUAUUUUCUGGCUAAUUUAAGAAUGGCGGACCCAAAAAAUUCUCCUCAGUGGGCUAUUCUUGGCAAGCAGGUAUAUAAUGCCACAACAGGAAUUGUUAGAGUUUUUGAUGUGGGAUAUUUUACACCUACAAGCACACAAUUAUUAAAAAUUAAAACUCCUUUUGUAUAUCCAGAUGGGACUACUAAUAAACCAACAGAUUUUAGGAUUACAAGAACUGACUGUCCAUUUGACGAUAAAUUAAGGCGAACAUUUGGUAAAGGUCGGGCACUAGCAUUUGGGAUUUGUUUUUUUGUUACUGCGGUCACAGGAAUUAUAACUUUUAUUAUUUGGAAAGAAUGAUGGAAUAAAGAAAUCAAGGAGCUCACAACAAAGGAAGAACUUUCAGUGCCAGACAUGAUUGCUGGGGCUACAAUUGUGGUGGAAUUUUUCCAAUUGCUUUCUCAAGGCCCUGAUAUUCGACCGCUAAAUUCUUUUCUUGCAAAUAUUGGAGAUGCAGUAUCUUUGGAUCUGAAUAGUUUUAUUAAGCUUGAAAAUGGCGUUUUUUGGUGGAUUUCAACUACAAUUAUUGUGCUAUGCUUUUUAUGAACAAUAUUUUGUAUUGAAAUAUUUUUAAGAUUGGAUGAAAAAUUUAGCCAUGUUUGGUUUUUUAAAACGCUAGGGGUCAUAGCUGAUCAGUCAACGCCAAUUUUAGGGAAUUUGUGUUUUAUUCAAUUUAUAUCAAUUUUAUUAGAUAUUUUUGUAUGUGACCAUUCUAUUGGAAAUGAUUUUACAGACAGCUAUCUUUCUAUUGACUGCUAUCAAUUUUGUUAG